UGGGAAUGAGAUGAUUCCAUCCGAAACCAAGCCAUAUGAAAACGAAUGUAUCUUCUGGAUCGAGUGACACAAUAUAUUGAACACAUUCGUCAACAUCAUCAAACUCAUAUGUGUCAAUUCCAAUAGGCUGUAGUUGGUCUAUAGAAGUGUUAUCGUGAUGAGCAGAUCGCAAACAAAUAAGUUUAACAUCUUCUGUUAAAGCAAGAUGAUCAUUCAUUGUAUAGAUAUGAAGAAAAUCGCAGUGACGAAAUAAAUGAUGCUUGGUGUAUAAAUCAAAUACUCAGACAAAUUUCUUCCGAGUCGUUCGUUUUAUUAUGUGUGGUCUCUCUACAACUAACUGAUUGGCUGUUCGCGCACUGUUUCAAGUUUCAGCUAUUCUACUUACGUAUGGAUUGAUACUACUUUGAAAAGCAAUCAAAAGUAAAUAUUUAGUUUGUUCGGAAGUAUAUCGGUAUUCUUAUCGUCAGAGGAGAGAGCAUAUUUUGUUGUAGCUAUGGUAAAGAACAACUUUCUAUCAGAAUCAGCAAUGAAGAACGAACCAAAAACAUUUUCAAUCUUACAGCUUUGAUUCGAAUUACUACAGCUGACUCUACGAACGUGUUGGGAAAGGUCUAUAUUUAUAACUGAAUGGAUGCCAUAUGUCAAUUUUCAAAUAAUUCCAAUUCAUAUAGUAGAUGAAUUUUGACAGAAUAAACAGAUAAGUGGAUUAAAUGAUUAAGUGGACAUGAGCCAAUGAAAAGAAGUUGGUAAAAUAUUAUUUUUAAUAAAAUCAUCGUUGUAAAGAAAAUAACAGGAUGCAAUUUUAAUCGACUCCGUAUGUAUUAUGUAUAGAUGUUAGGAAUCGACAUUGUUCUCAUAAAAUAAUUAUCAAAUGAGUUUCUCGAUUUCUGUCGAGUGAAAUUUGCGAUCUGCGCCUUGACUGUGUAAGUCAGAAAAUGUAAACUGGGCUGGGUGAAACCAAAUCUUUAGAGGUUCAUUACAUUGAAAUCUAUGCUGGUAUUUAUCGGUUUUUCAGCUCAAGUUUGUCAGGCUUCCUACAAAGUCAAGACUUGAAAUGGAUUUUUUGCAUGAAAUGAAGAUUUUUUCUUGUAUUGCACACGCCUCUCGACAAUUGAACUCUUUUUAUUCACAUAUGUGACUUGGUCAGAUGUUUCCCAGUUUGGUGUCACAAAGGAACCGACCGAACCCGAUGAAAAACUCGCUCAAUUUUAACUCUGAUUCAAACGAAAGACGUGAAGAGAAGAGUUUCUCUGUUUUAGAUGAUCGUUGUAGAACGUUUCAUCUUUUGUUCACAAUGAACAACGUCCUCUAUGUAACAUUUAUUCAUUCGAUGGAUUGUCUAUUUUUGUUCUUUUCUUGAACAUGAGUUGCACAGUAUUUCCUUUUCUUCUUCUCAUUCUCAAAACUCAUCGGAAAUGGUUUCUUUUAUCUUUGAAAUGUAUGAUAAUAUGCUUUUUCUUUUAGAUAUUCUUCUGCAUUGCUCAACAAUGGUUGUUAAAGCUGACCCAAACACAAUUAUCAAUCACAAAGAAAUCAACAUUCGAUCCAAUGAUCGCUUUCCAGCGGGGAUCUGGUGGCUGGCGUAGCAUUUUUUUUCUGGUUUCGUUGUGCUGUGGAUGGUUGGACCUUUCCCAUCCCAAUCAAUUCUGGAGUCGUUUAUUUGGAAUAUGUUUGAUUUGUAUCAGUAUUCUAUUUCUAUUAAUGGCUUUACUUCUGUUAUUUGCACAAGUUUAUUUUUUAUAUAAAUAUUUUCAAAAGAAAUGGUUUUCCAACAAUAAAAGUCAAAUAAAGAAUUCAGUGGUUAAAUGGAAUGUGAAAUUAAGUCAUCUUUAUAAGAAAUUUGCAUCUUCAAUUGAUCCUCGGAAUGAAACGGAAGAAAUAAUUGUUUAA